GUUGCGAAGAUGGCGACGGCCUUGAACGAGGAGGAGCUGGACAAUGAAGACUAUUACUCGUUGCUGAACGUGCGCAGGGAGGCCUCUUCCGAAGAGCUGAAAGCGGCCUACCGGAGGCUGUGUAUGCUGUACCAUCCUGACAAGCACAGAGACCCGGAACUCAAGUCGCAGGCGGAGCGGCUGUUUAACCUCGUUCACCAGGCUUAUGAAGUGCUCAGUGACCCCCAAACCAGGGCCAUCUACGAUAUCUAUGGCAAGAGAGGACUGGAAAUGGAAGGAUGGGAGGUUGUGGAAAGGAGGAGGACCCCGGCCGAGAUCAGAGAGGAGUUUGAGCGGCUGCAGAGAGAGAGGGAAGAGCGGCGGCUGCAGCAGCGAACCAACCCCAAGGGGACCAUCAGCGUUGGCAUUGACGCCACCGAUCUUUUUGAUCGCUAUGAGGAGGAGUACGAAGACAUGUCCGGAAGUGGCUUUCCGCAGAUUGAAAUUAACAAGAUGCACAUAUCCCAGUCCAUUGAGGCGCCUCUGACAGCUUCAGACACAGCCAUCCUCUCUGGAAGCCUCUCAACCCAGAACGGAAAUGGAGGGGGCUCCAUUAACUUCGCGCUCAGACGAGUCACUUCCGCUAAGGGCUGGGGAGAGUUAGAAUUUGGAGCUGGGGAUCUGCAGGGGCCUUUAUUUGGCCUAAAGCUGUUCCGUAAUCUCACACCAAGAUGCUUUGUGACGACAAACUGUGCUCUGCAGUUUUCGUCCCGUGGCAUCCGUCCAGGCCUCACCACCGUCCUGGCCCGGAACCUGGACAAGAACACGGUGGGCUACCUGCAGUGGCGCUGGGGUAUCCAGUCCGCCAUGAACACCAGCAUCGUCCGGGACACCAAGACCAGCCACUUCACUGUGGCCCUGCAGCUUGGAAUCCCUCACUCCUUCGCUCUGAUCAGCUAUCAGCACAAGUUCCAGGAUGACGAUCAGACUCGGGUGAAAGGAUCCCUUAAGGCAGGCUUUUUCGGGACGGUGGUGGAGUACGGAGCGGAGAGGAAGAUCUCCAGGCACAGCGUCCUAGGCGCGGCUGUCAGCGUGGGCGUCCCCCAGGGCGUUUCUCUCAAAGUCAAGUUGAACAGGGCCAGUCAGACCUACUUCUUCCCCAUUCACCUGACGGACCAGCUGCUCCCCAGCGCAGUGUUCUACGCCACCGUGGGGCCCCUCGUGCUCUACUUCGCUCUGCAUCGCCUGGUCAUCAAACCCUACCUCAGGGCUCAGAAGGAGAAGGAACUGGAGAAGCAAAGGGAAAGCACGGCCACCGACAUCCUACAGAAGAAACAAGAGGCAGAAUCCGCUGUCCGGCUGAUGCAGGAAUCUGUCCGAAGAAUAAUCGAGGCCGAAGAGUCCAGAAUGGGGCUCAUCAUUGUCAAUGCCUGGUACGGGAAGUUCGUGAACGACAAGAGCAAGAAGAGCGAGAAGGUGAAGGUGAUCGACGUGACGGUGCCCCUGCAGUGCCUGGUGAAGGACUCCAAGCUCAUCCUCACCGAGGCCUCCAAGGCUGGGCUGCCCGGGUUCUAUGACCCGUGUGUGGGUGAAGAGAAGAACCUGAAAGUGCUUUACCAGUUCCGAGGCGUCCUGCACCAGGUGAUGGCGCUCGACAGCGAGGCGCUCCGGAUACCAAAGCAGUCUCACAGAAUUGAUACCGAUGGAUAAACUGCUUGAGAAACCAGAUUUAAAAGAGGCUGCAAACAAAUAUUUCCCCGGGAGUCUACAAAUUAGGAAGCAGGAAAAAAAUCCAGACAUCAGAUGUGUUUAUUUUGUAUUUCCAUGAGAGGUGGUACCGUAUCGAUUAUGUGAAGGGACACACAGGCACCCCGCUUGCCCGUGGGCUGUAGGGAGGACUAAGGCAGCCGCACCUGGACCGGAACCACCGCACGGCCCGUGUCUGUUCCCAAGGGUCAUGUCCCCGCAGGGAAGGGCCCGGGGCCCCCGACGCCUCUGGGCCCCUCCCCGGGUUCCUCAGCACUGUGCGGGCUGCAGCCGCCCAGGAGCGCUCGGUCGGCCGUGGGGUGUUUAUGAACACCUUGCCCUCACGCACACGGCUGUGGACGACUGUCCCUAAAACCCGCACUGAACACGGAAGACGGAAUGGAAGGAAGGAAGGCGUUCCCACGAGCAGAGCCUCCGGGUCAAGUGAGCAUCUGUUCCGCCCGCGUCCUUGAAAGCCAGCUCCUCCUGCUGAAACAUCGCUGCGCGAACCUGGAGAGGAGUCUGGGGCUUGAUAAAUCUGCUUUUUAUCUGAGAACGAAUGCUCCUGGAAAUGGGUCUCCUUUCCCCCUCCCAGAAUGGGUCGAGUCAUUAUUCCACUGGCACCUGGCUUUGGACGGGGUGGAGCUCCGGGUC